AUGCAAGCCAGCCUGGUUGUCGCACUCGCCUGCCUCGCCUGCAUCACUUCUGGUUUUCGACUGCGUGGCAAUCGGUAUAUAGAUUGUGGUUCGAAAUUGGCCGAAAUCGUCGACGUGACUGUGACACCCUGUGAUACUCUGCCAUGUCCUUUGUAUCGCGGAGAAAACGCCACAAUCACUGUACAGUUCAAACCACGUGAGUUUGCAUGUCAUUCUGGUCACCAUGAUCAACGGAUCGACACCGGAAAAGCGGUCGUACAUGGUUUAGUGGCCGGUAUUCCAGUCCCAUUCCCCAUCGAGAAAGAUGAUAUGUGUUCAUUCACUCAGCCCAGUUGUCCACUGGCCGCAAACAACUUGGCCACAUACACUUAUCAAUUGCCCGUGUUACAGGCCUAUCCGAAAAUGCGAGUCACUGUCAAAUGGGAAUUGCAAGACGCGAGCAAGAAGGAUAUCAUUUGUGCAAACAUCCCCGUGCAAAUCGAAGACCGUAAAUGA